GCGGGAAGGGCGUAAAAAAUCGAACAUCUCCUUUUCUUGGGAUAAAAAAACGGUUAAACCAACGUUGCUUCUUUACUUCGCUUGACCUGCUGUGUCCCAUCAGGAUCUUGAUGUCCUCCCUGUGGAAGCAGCCCUCAUUAGCAGCUGCUGGCUGACUGAGGUGACCAUUGUGGUGCCAAACUGAGACUUUGAAGGGGAUGGAGAGGCUUAGUCAAUUAAAUCCAGUAGGCUGCAGCCUGACAGCACAGCAGGAAGAGGAGCAGGCGCACAGCACAACACUCCAAGAGUGAGUCCUAUUGUAGCAUUGGAGAAACGACAAGAAUUUGUAUAUAAAGUAGCCGGACCCUCAAGACAACAGCAUUUAAAAUGGCCUCAAUCCUGCAGAAACUGAUCACCCCGCUGUUCAGUGGUCCCCCUGAGCCCCCCAAGAAUAAAGUGACAGUAGUUGGCGUGGGCCAGGUUGGCAUGGCCUGUGCUAUCAGCAUACUGCUCAGGGAGCUGGCUGAUGAGCUGGCCCUGGUGGACGUGAUGGAGGACAAGCUGAAAGGAGAGAUGAUGGAUCUGCAGCACGGCAGCCUCUUCCUCAAAACCCCAAAAAUCGUGGCAGACAAAGAUUACUCUGUGACAGCAAACUCGCGCAUUGUAGUGGUGACAGCUGGAGUGCGUCAGCAGGAGGGGGAGAGCAGACUGAACCUCGUCCAGAGAAACGUCAACAUCUUUAAGCACAUCGUCCCUCAGAUCGUCAAAUACAGCCCAAACUGCAUCAUCAUUGUGGUUUCCAACCCAGUGGAUGUGCUGACUUAUGUGACCUGGAAACUGAGCGGCCUUCCCAAGCACCGCGUCAUCGGCAGCGGCACCAACCUGGACUCAGCCCGCUUCCGCUUCCUGAUGGCCGACAAACUGGGAAUCCACCCCAGCAGCUUCAACGGAUGGAUCCUGGGAGAACAUGGAGACACCAGCGUGCCUGUGUGGAGUGGAACAAACGUAGCUGGAGUCAACCUGCAGACAUUAAACCCGGACAUUGGCACUGACUGUGAUGAAGAGAACUGGAGGGAGACCCACAAAAUGGUGGUGGACAGUGCUUAUGACGUGAUCAAACUGAAAGGUUACACCAACUGGGCCAUUGGUCUGAGUGUAGCUGACCUGACAGAGAGCCUCAUGAGGAACAUGAACAGGAUUCAUCCUGUUUCCACCAUGGUGAAGGGCAUGUACGGAAUUAGCGAUGAGGUGUAUCUGAGUCUGCCCUGCGUGCUGAACAACGGGGGUGUGGCUAGUGUGGUCAACAUGACCCUGACAGAUGAGGAGGUGGCCCAACUGCAGGCCAGUGCCAACACGCUUUGGGACAUCCAGAAGGACCUGCAGGACGUCUAACUGACCAGCAGGGUGCGACAUAGCUGCACCUUCAUGACUGCUUAUUGCCUACUAUAACUCUGCAGUCACUAAAACCAGACAGCUCCACCUUCCACACCUUCAACCCACUGUCCUCUGUAGAGUCACAGGCGUACGUACAGAGAUUUAGUCCUGUCAGAUUUAGCUGUAGAUGUCAGAGUUUGUUCACUUCUGCUCGCUGGAGACCAAAUGUGAGAUCAGCUGAGUUAAAUGUUGCUCUGACUCAUUUGUCCUCGACUGUGCUGCAGUGUGGGACCACGUGUCACUUGUGUUGCUUUGAUGUGUAAUAAAACAAGUUUGUUGAUGCUUGAAUUAGAAGUGCAUGUGUUCAGUUAUUUAGUGGUGAAGUCAAAAUCCA